ACAAGUUAGACACUUGUCAAACAAAAUUGUCAGUUUUUUUUAUUACAUUUCCUGUCGCUGUCAUUGACUAUUUCAAGUGUCUACAUUCUAAAUAAACCAUACUGUGUUUAAUAAGUCCUAUUCCGAUUAUUCUUACAUUUUCCUUCUAUAUUGUUUGUUUUUGUUGUAACAUUUCAAUCACAUUCGGUCAGAAUGACAAUGGGCGAUGAGUUGCCCGUCACCUCAUUGGUUUUACCAGUUCUCAUACGUCCUGUUUUAACUCAGUUAGAAAAAUAUGAUUUGGGGGCUUCACAAACAUUACGAGCUGCUCUCACGAAGGCUGAGGCUGCCUUGCCAGGUCUUAACUAUGACUUGGUUGCUGGAAUUAUGAGAAGAGCUGAUAUUCCUGUUAAUAUGAAUGAAAGCUUACUUCGUCUUCAAGGAACAUUAACUGAGGCUGAAUGUGCUGACUUAAGACUGAAUAGAUCAGAAGAAGCAUUCCAGGAACUUAACAAGAAGUCUGCUGCAUUGAAAAAGAUUUUAAGCAGGAUCCCUGAUGAAAUUACUGACAGGAAGACUUUUCUUGAAACCAUCAAAGAAAUAGCAUCAGCUAUAAAAAAACUACUGGAUGCAGUUAAUGAGGUUUCCACAUAUACACCUGGUCAGGGAAAGCAGGCUCUAGAGCAAAGAAAAAGAGAAUUUGUGAAGUAUUCCAAAAGAUUUUCUAAUACCUUGAAGGAAUACUUUAAGGAAGGACAGGCUAAUGCAGUAUUUGUGAGUGCACUUUAUCUUAUUUACCAAACAAAUCAAAUCUUAUACACUGUAAAAAAUAAGUCAGAGUAAAACAUUUGAUGGAUAUACAAAUAUUUAAAUAUGUAUACAAAAGUAAUUAAACGAAUAUUUGUUUUUUAUUCCUUAUUGAAAUAACCACAAAUAAAUGUUAUAUAAUAGUAAAAUCUAAUUUGUAAGUAUUUUUUUUAACACUAAAUAUAAAAAUAAGAAAUCAAUAUUAUGUUAUAUUCUAAUAAUAACAUUUUGUUAGAUAUGGAACAUUAUUUUGGAAAUUAGAGCUUAAGGUAGUUUGAUAAUUUUUAACCAACACAUUAAAUCAGGAAAUGUAUCAGAACUGUUAAAAAUACACAGAUAAAAAUAAACAAACUUUGCACCUUUUAAUUUAUAGUCCAUAAUCCAUAUUCAAUAUUAUGUCAGUUUGUUUUAUAUAAUAUCCUGUAUAUGAAUACUGAAGUUGUAUAACUACAAAAAAUAAAAAUUGAUACUGCUUUA